UUGAACUAGAUGAUCUUAAAGGUCUCUUCCAACCUAAGCCAUUGUAUGAUUGGCUGGCAUUGAAGGAAUUGCAGGCCUGGUUAUUACAUCUCUGAGCAGCAAACGAGGCAGCUACCUCAAAGCCAUGGCGGAUCAGCCAUAUGCAGUGCUGUUUUGUGGGAACCUGCUCAUCCCUGCUGCAAGAAGAUGGGUUUGAGUUUCUGUAGCCAAGUCAUGCAGGAUGUUUCGUGCCUUGCAGUGGGAUGGGGGCUGAGUGCAGCCAGAAACGUGCACACAGCUUCAAUUGCAGAGAAGUCAUUGGAUUGUCUUCUCCCAUCAGAACUGCGGCAUCAGACUGGAGCUUUCUCCUGUGCCAUCAUCUUCAUGCUGGUCCUGUGGAGUCCACUGCAGUGAGCCAAACAACUCCCUCUUGAGCACUAUUAAUAUCUCUCUUCAAGUCUUACAGUCUUAUUAUGGUGAAUAAUGAAAGCAUUUUCCCUGACCUUUGCUCCUUCGAUCCAAUUGCGUUCUAACAAGUAUAUGUAUUUUUGACCCAACACGUGAUGGGAAAAAGGCUCUGUCCUAUUCAGGCAGAAUUAGAAGGAAGUCCAAUUUCAGAACGUAUCCAGAUGAAGGCUUUCUUUUUGGCAGCUUAUUAAUGUGCUGACUAUCUCUCUCUUUCCAUCCCCCACGUUACGAUGAACUUUAACAGCAGCCUAAGCAAUUGUAAUAAAGAGAAGCACUGAAGUUGCUUCUUGCUGUUGUCGCUUAAUUGCUACAUGGGAAAACAGUUAAGAUGCCAGGUUAUGAGGUGGCUGGGGCUUGGCUUAUUAAAAUUGAAAGAACAAUCCUAGGCUGGGAGCUCAGUGGGAGCAGGGCUGUCCUUGUAGCAUCUUUGUGCCAUACUGAGCGUGAUGGGAUCCUGCUCUGACUGGGGCUCAGGGGUACUUCUGCAUUAUGAACAUCUUAUUGUUCAGCUCAUUUACUUACGUUUGUUGCUGUUUGGAGAAUUGGAAGAUACAGUUCUAUUGAAACGUAGCAACUUCGUAGCAGGUCUGUGUUAAUGUUUAUCCACUGGUGCUGCACAGUGAUUCCCAAAGAGUGCCUUUAUCCAGAGGUGAUGCUGUGAGCGGAAAGGUUUGGAAGUGUCAUCUUUAUAUUAAUGAACAGAGAGAAACAGCAGUGAACCUGAGAGUUCUUACUGAUUUAAUGAGAUUUCUGACUCGUAUCAGCAGUCUGACUUGGUGAGCUCAUUCUGCUGUCCUUAUAAACAAAACUCUUUUUAAUUCAUGUAUAAUAUGUAGAGUUCCCAAAUGUGUUAAUCCAUACUAUCUGACAGCUUCUCUGAAGUGGGAGGUUCUUUCACCCAAGAUGUCAGUGUUACUAUUUAACAUCUAAAUGAGAGAUUAGGCUGGGGGUAUAGGAAAUAAAGCUUCUCUUGAAAGUCUGACAGCAGUAGGCUGGGAUGUAAUAUUUGCAUGUGAAAGGUAUUGGGUUAACAUUGCUGAGACUUUUUUAUUGUAACUGCAGAGGAUAAAAACCAUAGAGACGGCUUGAUUUGUUUGGAAUUCAUAAUAGUUUAUCAUAAGAGAUUAUGUCUCAUUUACACAAAGCAAACAAACAUGAAAAAAUAGAAGCUAUACAUUCUUCCCCCAGGCUUGUUUAGUUAUUGUACUAUUAAUACAGUUAAUUCAAUGUUAUUUGCCUUUGAAAGGAAUAGUGGUUGUUAUAGAGGUGCUCCAGAACACUUCAUACUAUGAACACUCCCUAAUGGUCCUGUGAGCAGUCUCACCAAGAUCUGUAAAUAAAAAUAAAAGGAGAAGGUUUGGGGUUAGCUCUGCUUUGUCCUACACUUUCUGGACAGUUUUUGAAAUACUAGAGCUCCCCUGUUGAGAAGACAUGCAGAAUAACAGCAAAGGAAAGCUGAGCAAAUGCUUUUCAAACUCCUUGAUCCACUGUGUUUGAGUUCAGCACAAGCUCCCUGCGUUGAAGUCUGAAUGUGGUUUUGGGAACCUGUUGGGAUCUGAAAGAUGUGUGGUGGUGGUGGUAUCUUGGAAUAAAGGAAUUCUUUAGGGAUCACAUAUUGCUGUUCCUGAAGCCGCAUUUGUCCCUGGAACUUCAGAUGUGAUAGGACAAGAGGUGGUGGCCUUAAGUUGUGUGAGGGGAGACUCAGUUUGGAUAUUAGGAAACAUUUUUUCUCUGAGUGUUCAGGCGCUGGCCCUGCUGCCCAGGGGGUGGGGGAAUCACUGCCCCUGGAGGUGUUCAAGAACUUACAUUGAGGGUCCUGUCAGUGUGUGUGGUGAGGAUGAGUUGGGGUUGGGGAUCUGAGAGGCUUUUCUAACCUGAGUGGUUCUGUGUUAAAUGAGGGAAACCUCAACUCAGCUGGAAAGUGAAUGUUUGUUGCAAACAAACAAACAAGCAGGGAUUCUUCUAUGCUGAUCUGUAGUGUGUGUCCUGCUGUACUGACACAGCUGUUGUUUUUGUAAUUCCUGUUCCCCUUCCCCAGCUCUGUGCUGGGCAGUGGGAGCACUGUGUGCCCAUGCCUGCCCAGUGCCCAGCUCAGCGCAAAGCACAGAGCACUGCCAUGCAGAGCAUCCCAUUCCACCACCUCCUCCAAAAACACUUUGCAAAGCUUUGCAGAGCUUGCAUUGUGCUACAGAUGUUUCAUCAUUUGCAGCGAAUUUGCUGUUACAGCAGAGAACGUAGAGGUUUCCUAGGUUGCUCUCUAAGCCCUCUUAGUGCUUGCAUCUCCUUCCUUGUCUCCUUCCAAUCAGACCGAUGCUGCCGUGUCUCCCCAGCGCCUCUGCAUGCGAUCUCCUGUGAUGCUGUAUGAGCUGGGAUGUCCCUGACAAUCACUGGGGUGUCCCUGCCCAAUGCUGGUGUGUCCCAGCCCAUUACUGAUGUAUUCCUCCCUGUACACCACUGGGGUGUCCCUGCCCAUCGCUGCCCACUUUGCAUGGAGAAAGAUGGAGAAAGUCAAGAGGGAGGGGGCAAUGCUGGAGUUUGGGUCUCAAUCUGAAUGUGCCAGUAUUUUCUGUGAGCAGAUUUAGGAAGCAGAGAGCAGGACUCGGCUGUGGGAGAGGAAGGGGGGAACUGUGUGGGUGGGGCAAGAGGGAGAAAUGUCUGCUCUCAGCUCACCCCAGGACUGUUUGCUCUCCAUCUCAAUGGAGAAACCUUUUAAUUUUGCCCUCUCCAGUGUGACAUACCCCUUAUAGCAUGGUGCUGCCCUGCAGAGGGUGUUUGUCCGCCCUAAUUGCUUUCUGUUAUUUUAUAUCAAGGGUUAAAAUGGCAAAUCCUGGGGGUGGGUGGUGGGGGAUGGCGCAGUGCCAUGUGUGUGUGCGCAUCCUCUGUUGGCUCAGCCCUCCCUGGGGGUUUGCACACCCACACACCAAAAGUUUUUUUUUUUUUUUUGAGGGGGAAGGGAGAAUUAUUAAUGAGUUUGGAGCCGUUACCAUGGGAACCUGUUGCUAAUGAAUCUCUGGGGUUUCCUCUCCACCUUGAGCCUUGAGUUUCCUGGUAAUAGUGUUCCCAUGGCAACGGAUGUCACCGAUACCCCACUGGCUCCAUCCCCGCCAUGGAUGUGCAGAUACUGCUGCUCACUGUGUUGGGUGAUUCACACCAUACACCAGCCAUCCCACCUUGCACCUCCUGCAAGUUUGGAAACUUCUCUUUUUCCUUUUUUUUUUUUUUUUAAGCGAAGAGUUUAACAUUUACCCAAAAUCCCAGGCGUGAUCCCCUUCUCUCUGCUUGCUUUCCAUUCAAAGCUGAGCACUGCUGCAAGCACGACCUUUGCUUCCCACAUACUUGUGCUUGCAGCCUCCUCUGCAUCACUAUUGGGUUCAGUGCUGCAGCAAGCUGGUGGUCAGUUCUGGGGGCAAAACCUGGGAAAUUGGUAAAUUUCUCCCCAGGUUCUUUGUGUUUGGCCCAGUAGCAGAAUGUGGGAGCUGUCAGAUAAUUACCGUAAGGUAAUUAGUUUGCAGCCCUGUGUUUUUGCAAAGGGUGUGCUUAGCUGGGGCUGUGAGCAGUGCCACGAGUGUGACUGACGGACAGUGAACACCCCAAACCAUGCAGUGCCCACGGUGAAUUUUCUGGCUGGAAGCAGGAUGGCUUAGAGGCACUUUAGGAUGAGGACCACACUCAUCUCCCAUCCGAGAUGCACAGAAGUUGCUCAUUUUUGGUUUUUCAGUUAUUUUUCUGCCAUUAGAAAGUGCAUCAGUUUGGGAGCUUUGAUCCAAGUUAGCUCUGUGGAUGUCAGCAUAGAUGGCAGUGGCCCCACUACCCAUUGUCAUAGGAUGGGGACAGUCCUCACUCACAUGGUGUGGGCAGCUGUGUCCCUGUUCUCAUAUAUUUUUUUCAGGUUUUGGAAAUGUUUCAGUCCUGUAUAGUGAUGGGGAGCACUAGGAGCUGGCUUUUCCAUAGUGGACAGCAGAGGAUAGAUGUAGGUGUCUGAGUGACAGCUCACACCCAGUGCCGGAUCCUGCAGGCUGUCCUUGUGCCAGUGCUACCAGCUUGGUGUGCACACCUGCUUGACUGUGUUUCUCUGCUAAAAUCAAGUUUACAAUUGCAGGGUCAGUCAUCCGCUCUCGGACUGAUACUCAGGCAUCCCGGUUCCUGUGCAAGCAGUAUAUGAUAAAAACAGAAAGAGGCAAGAAAAACACGUUUGCAUUCUUCUUUAGUACCAAUAUUCUGGUAAGGAUGGUGAAAGAGGUGCAUUUCCUUAAUGGGAAGUGUGCCUCUGUGUCUGCUCUAUCUGCCGGAGUGGCCGGUGCAGCCUGGCGCCAUGAGCUCGUUAUGCAACACAAAUUCAUUAUGAGACAACAGUGCUAAUGGCAGCCCUGAACUGAGGCUGUCUGCUGAUUCAGCGUGGCACUGCUUGCUAUGGUUGGUCUGGCCAUUGGGUUUCCUAUCAUCUAAAAGCUGUUCUUCGGCAGGAACAAGAGUAGAGCAAUUGAGAAAAUACAAUGAUGUCAGUAACAACCACCCAAAAGAAAAGAAAGGAAGGUGUUUUUUUCUUUGAGUUAUGUCAUGAAUGCAGCGUGACCAAAAUCUCCCCUGUCUCAGCACUGUCUCAUUGGCAAGCAGUGGCAAGACGUAUAAUGGAUGAUUAGUAUCUGUGAGGCCUGGCAGUUUAUCUCCUUGUGCCAGCUAUCUCCCAGCCACUGGCCCUGGCUGUAAAUUGUCAACGAAGGGAAAAGCAGUGUGCGUAAGCACUUAAGUGCUUUUGCUAUUCAAGGCAGAGCAGACACUGAAAUCCAUCAGAAGGUCUAUUUUUCACCAGGUGGUAUUGACUAAUCUGUUAAAGCCAAGUCACCUCUCAUCACAGGAUUUGGGCAUGAUGAUAUUUUUCCCCUUUCAUGGCACCUCUUGUACAGUGAUAUUUUUUGUUGGUAGCGCUUUGUAGGUGUGAGUAAAUCAAAGCUCUGUGAUUGAGGUGGAAGAAGUGAGGCAAGAGAAGGCCAGAGUCCAGCAGGGGAGGGAAGCAGCACUGAGAACUCCCAAAUCCUCGUUCCAUGGUCAGACUUUGGCUCCUUAAUAAAAUGAGAAUAGCCGAGGGCGUUUCUCCCAGGAUUGCUAUCACUGGGAUGAAAGCUAUCUAGCGUUAAUGAUGAUCAUCUAAAGCUUUCCAUGUGCCUGUAUUCCGAGGUAUGAAAGAGCAUGGCUAAUGAUACCUUGUAAAAUGAUGAAUAAUUUAUCUUGCGGUUGAUGGUAGCUCUGAAGUAGAUAUGAGAUCCCGUACCCAUCUCACAGAUGAGUAAACUGAAGCUAAUUGAGUCUUUGAGAGAUCAUAAAUAAAUUGAACGUGUUGUAAUACAGGAUGUUGCUGUUGAUAUUUUUUUUUUAUCUGAAAGAGGAGGAGGGCUCUUGGCAGCAUGAAAUUAUCACAAUGCAGGAAAAGGAAAAUUAAAUAAAUGCAGCCCACCAAGUGAUUGGCAAGUGAAGUGGGGUUCAGCUAAGUGAUUCAGCCAUUGUGUCUGCCCAGAUUCCCACCAAUGACAGAGAGAAGAGUUGUUUUACCUCAGUUGCAUGCAAAGACAUGACUGGGGAAGGAUGGGCAUGGGGACAAAACUACCUCAUGGGAAAAGAUGUGCUCUGUGUGCUGCUUAUUAUCUCCUUCCAGUUCAGGAAAUAUAAUAGUGGUGCAAAUCUAUUGCACUUUGAGCAUUGCUCAUGUAUCAGCCUUGUGAGGCUGUUUGCAUCUAUGGAGAAGGAGCUGUAGAUGAAGCACUUUGCCUUGCUCCUUUUUGCUUCCUUCCUGCUGGAGGCUGUUUGUUGCCUCCAGACCCGACGCACUCCAGGCGGUUCCCCGCAUCCCACUCUCCCGUCUCUGCUGGCAGUGACUUCCCUGGAUGAAGUUCCUCCUGUACUGAAAAAUCUCAGCUCAUUAUUAAGCAGCUGUUUGGCUGAUGUUGGAGCCAUCCCAUCUGCUCCCAUGUUCCUACUGAAUACAGAGGACAGAAGAGAGAUGAUCUCCCCACCCCUUGCCUUUGCAGGAGCUGUUGGCUGCAGCACAUGGAUGAUGUCCUCCUCAUCACCAGUGUGUUUUCUUCCAAUGUUUUCACAUGUCAAUGCAGGAAAUGGCAGCACUGUGUUCAUAAGGAAGGAGUGAGGUCUGCCUGCCUCCCUCUCCUCCCAAUUCGUUAGCUCUCAUAUAUUUUUGUUGUUCCCAGUGUUCUUCCUCUACACAUUGCAAAGAAAUCUUUUGAGGAAAAAAAAAAAACCAAAUCCUAUUUUUUUCUUGUUGUUUUUAGUUGUUUUGGAAUGAUAAAUAUUUCAUCAGAUGCCUGCCUUCUGGCCUUUGCUCUCUUUCAGCACUUCCAGUACAGUGUAUGUAGUGAUCUAAAUAGAUGUAUUUAGAUUAGAAGCACUCAGAAUAGCUGUUUGCUUUUCCUAAGAAAGUUGAGUUUUGGAGUAGGCCGGUCAUGUUGUGUUUAAAUCUGUGGAAGGCCGCUUGGAGUCACCAAAAAAUGUUUUGAAGUCCUGUGCUCGUCUCCAGUAGAUGCUUUGCCUUCCAAGGGCUCCUCUGAAAUGGAUGGCUUUGCUAGGGAGCCUGGAAUGUUUUGCUGCUUAAUUUAGACUGUUUAUCUCAAGAGGUCCUGGAGUUCAAAGCCAAAGAGAUGUGCCGAAGCCAUUCUCUCUCUUUGCAGCAGCUGCCUCUCGUGUGCACUGAUCCCGGCUGCAGGUUGACCAUCUUGGGAUGCCUGUGCAGAGCAUCCUAAUCCAUCUGCUUAGGAUUUCUGCCUCUUCCCAGCUGGGUAACUCAACUAGGCUCUUCUUCUUACUCUUCUUUCUUUCAGGAAUUCCAAAAUUUCCACAGAAAAACACAACAGCCAGCACAACAUUGUGUGUGCACAGCUCCCAGCGCCCCAUUGCUUGCUUUGAAGAAGAGCAGUCAGGAGAUUGAGGAGGAUUUAUUGAAUCUGGCAGCCCCUCUUCAAGGUUGUCGUUGCAAUCCUGACCUUGGACAGGGUGUGCUGGGCAGGACUGCAGGUUGGUUGCCAGUUGUUUUGCUGGCAUGAAAUCCCCAGGCUGUCAAAUCAGGUCGAAAUGCUGAUGUUUUCGAUGAGGUCCGGGUUUGGUGGAUGUGAUUCCGUCUCACUCAGGCUGAUUCCAAAGGAAUUAAAUCAUUGCACGUGAGAGGCUGUUCGUGGCCUUGCCUCCUUUAUCUGAGGGACAGAUAUAAGUUUUAUUUAUGAUUUCUGCUGCUAUCAUUUAAAGUUUAAAAAAACAACAGCAAAACAAAACAAACCCCUCUGCUCAGUGAAAAGAGGAUUUAAGUAUUUCAUUUAGAUCAAAGCCAGACCAUUAUGAAAUCUUUCAUUUGCAAGAAAUAGCAAUCUCUACAACAAAACGUUAAGUGGUCACACUCUAAUAUAUGCCACCCCUUAUGAAUUUAAUUAGUAAACAUUUAUUUUAUUUCAUCCAAUAAUGCCAGAGUGCUGGAAAGGUAUUCCAGUUGCCAGGACAACCUAUUUUUCUUUAUUUUUCUUUUCUCCUUCUCCCUUUAUUUCUUUUCUGUCAUUUUUGAUCACAUCACGUUGAAAGGAGAUUUUAUUAUUUAGGUGUUCGGGCUACUUUGAUUGAAAGGCAGAUUUCUUACAGCUAAUGUCGUUUGUGGAGCUCUUCUUGCAGAGUCCCUCUGCGUUUGUGUCCGUCCUCUACAGAAAGUCACAGUGGCAGCAAUGACAGAAAAUGAUGUGGAAUCAGAGCAGCAGCAGCAAGCAGUGUGUUCCCCCUCAUCCCACCAAAGCCUCUUCCCUGCGGAUUGUGGCUCUGGAAGUCCUUGAGCUGUCUUCCUGAGUUAGCUUCAAGCAGUGCAUGCAGCACCGGCAGCAAAACUCCCCAAAUGAGGGUGUAGAGGAAAGGUGCUCUUUUGGGGGUCAGAGUCCUGGGAAAUUCCUUUUCUCCCGUUCCCUCCUUGCUGCAAUAGUCUGAAUUUGAGGCUGUGGGAGUUGGGCUAGAUGACCUUUAAACGUCCCUUGCAACACUAAGGAUUCUAUGAUUCUAAGAAGCAAAUGGAAACAAAGGAAGUCAUGCACACGAAGCUUAGCUUUCCUGACAGAGGAAAGCAUCUUGCAGUGUGUAGCACCUUCCCCAGCCCCUUAGAAGAGUUAUUCGUGGCAGGUCCAUGCACAUGCUUUGAGUGGGUCACUGAGGCUGCAAAAAGGUCAGCAAAAUGCCAAAAAGUCUGAAUUGGGUCAAAUCCUGAAAGCUGUGCUCAGCCCUUGCUAGGGCAGCUUUUGUGCUGAUGGAUGGAUGUGAACCAACAGCAGAAGAGUGAUGUCUUUGGUCAGCAAGUUCAGAGACUUGGAGCAGUUGGUGUUAUAGAAUAGAAUCAUAGAAUGGUUUGAACUGGGAGGGACCUCUAAAGGCCAACUGGUCCCACUCCCUGCACUGAGCAGGGACACCCAUAGCUCCAUCAGCGCCCCAUCCAGCCUGGCUGUGGGUGUGUGCAAGGAUGGGGCACCACUGACCCACUGCAGACAGUGGGAGAUGUGCUGUUGGCAUUCAUGGGAUGUGGUGCCACUGCUAAUGUGUUUUAUUUUUACAACGUGGGUAGCGUGCAUGCAUAAACUUGGAAGGAAAUGUUCCCACUGUGUUAUUUACAUAUGAAAAUGUAGCGCUGUGUUGGGACACUCAGGUAGAUUGCUGCUGCUGGGGAAAGGUUUUUCUCCCCCCAGCCAGUAGAACAGCAUCUUUAGAUUAUAAAGAUGCUUGUCUUUUAUUCAACUCAGGCAGCAGGGAAAAAUGGGAAAAGCUACAGAAUUCAUAAAAGAUUUGUCGUUGGACUGCAGUGAUUUACAGGGAGAUAAUUUUGUUGAUUAGUUUUGGUGCUGUUCCCAUGUUACACAAUGUCACCCAGCACACAACCAGCCCAGAUGUUUGAUUUUUAUUGCUUUUACAGAAGAUUGGGAAUCAGGCACUAGUUCUGAUAGCAUUUCCUUUUCUUAUGAAGUAUUUGGGAAGCCCAAAUGAUCCCUUGCCAAAUGAUGUAUUGCCUCUCUUCCUGGAUUAUACUGCUUUGCAUCAAGCCUUAUAGAAAAAUGCAAUGGAACUGGUGUUCUUUUCACUCCUUUCUUUCCUGUUUUGAAGUAAUUACAAUAGCUAUAUUGUCUUCAAUAAUGAUACAAUAUGGUUAUGUUUAACAAAACACUGCUGACUCAAGAUUCCAACCGAAAUGCAUGUUUGCUUUUACUGCUGGUAGAGCCAUGGGAAUGGGUACCAGAAAGCAAAAUGAAGGGGUUGGGGUGGGCUAGGGCUUGGGAUUGGCACUUCUGAGUUGUUGGUCUAGGGAAAAGCAGAAGGUAAUCAGAUUUUCAUUUCAAAACAGAACUCUAUAGUUUCUUUCCUUUGCAUCUUCUUUUGGUCUUAAAAGUCCCAUCAAAGGCAGUUGAGAGCAAAGCUUUUUUUAAAAUAAAAUAAGGUCAAGUUUGAAAUUAAGCACUGCACUGAUAGCAGCGUAUCUUGACCUGAAAAAAAAUCAGAGGAGGAUGAAAGGAUUGCUUACACAGAUCACCCAAGUGCCGGGAAUAAUGGAGCAGAGCAUCAGAAGGCUUGGGUUCUGAAUCCUGCCUCUGCUGCACACUUGCCAUAUGAUGUUGGACAAAUUGCUGAUUCUUCCUUGCCUUUAGACCCACUAUAAAUGUCUGAAAAGCUUGGAGAUGCUGUGCUAAAAAGCUGAGUGUGUCCCCAGAGCGUUAUUAUAGCGACAAGUGAGCUUGGGAUGGGCCAUGCCGUGUCACCUCCUCCUUUGCAAAAUCUGGUGGCUGAAGAAAGAACCUCCUACACGAGCCUGAUUCAAUUUGUGGGGCAGUGGCAUUGCCAGGGAUGAUUUUGGUUGGCGUAAUCCGAGUUCUACAGGUUCUUUGCUUUGACUUCUGUCAAAAGGCAUGAGCGAGUUGGAACACAAAGCUCAUCUCCAAAAUGCAGAAAGUAUCAUUAAAAAGGGGCUUUGCAUGUAUUUCUGUGAACAUUUAAAUGCUGCAGGUCUUUCAUUUCAAAUUUAAUAGUGCUGAACAGGAGAGACGAAGGAUGUGGAUUUUUUUGUACCUUGAUGGGGGUGAACCCAUUAAUGGACUUCAUAAAUUGAUUUUGUGCUGUGCCUUCUCUAAUCAAACAAAAGUAACUAGGAAAUCCUUUAGCAUAUUUCUGUGCGACCAGAGUUUGAAUUAGCAGCACAUUGUCCUGUGUUACAGAGUUGGCAUUUGUUGUUUAAUGAGAGAAACCAUAAAACCAAUGGUAUGAUAGAAAUAUUUUCCAAAAGAGUUAAUUUUGUGCAGAUCUUUGUCUCGACUAACGCAAUGGCUUUGGCUGGCUGGCUGUCUUUGGUGUCAGGCAUGGAGCGUGGUCAGGGCUGAUUAAGUCCUCUGCCUUUAUUGCUCAUAAUCAGUAGAAAGCAAGAAGGAAGAUGUAAAACUACUAAACAUUAUGUUGAAUUUAAAGCUUUUUUCAGAGACUAGUUAAAUGUUUCAUGGAUUUCUUGCAUGGCCUCCAAAGCAUCCAGCUUCUUGGCAUGAGACUGUGCUGCUCUUGGCUUCCCAUGGCCAAGAGAAAGCCUCCAUGUCCAAUUGCAACAUGACUAAUUUGCUCAUCUGUGAUGUUAAAAUGAUGAUUUUUUAAAAUUAUUUUGAAUUUUUAACCGGCACAAUCGUGUGGAAGUCAUUUCCCUUUCCCUUCCAUUGUCUGCCUGGGACAGAGCUCCCAUCCUUUCUGGGUCUAUUUGGGCAUCACUGAUUCAUCCAACCUAUGAGUUCCCAAAUUAGUUAACUGUGUUCUACCUAUAAGUUGUGCUGUUUGAAGCCAAAAUUGAAGCAUAAAGUUUGCACUGUAAAUAAGGAAUUCUGUGCAAACCUCCUUAUAUGUCUACCUGGUGCACUGUCAGAAAGAUUUUCAUGGGGAUUUCAGAAAGAUUGUGGCAUUUCUGUGCUCACUAGGGCUGCUCUGCCUUGCAGGAACGGCAGGUAAAAUAAAGCAGGUAAAUAAGCCAGCAGCUGAUAUGUUGCGUUGAGCUCUGGUGGGAGCUAAGAGCACUGUGAAAGCAGGUGCUUGCUCGUGCAACCAGCUUUUUUACUAUAUUUUUUUAGCUUAACUUUUCACCCGAACUCUUUUGCAAGCUCUUGACCUACUGUGGUCUCCCAUCCCAAGUCCAGCUGCUGCUCUCAAUGGCUCUGAGCACGGCGUGUCCUACUGGGACUCCCAGGGGACUCGUGGUGCUGCUGCCUCCAUGUCCUGAAGGGACGUCUCCUGCAUCAAGAGAGAAUAAUCCCCAAGAUCCCUUAUUUCUGACAGCAAGCUGCUACCCAAUUAGAUUGCACAAGGCUGGCCAGCGGAAGAGACAGGAAGCCAUCAGCAAGCUCGGGAGCAACAAGAAAAAAGGUGCUGAUGGUUUAUAGCUGGUUUCCAAAUGAGAUUAGCAGUUCCUGCUGCCUCACUGUCCUGCCAGUUGCCCUUAUAACUUAAUCAAUAGCAUUGAUUGGUCAGUAGCAGCGUGUACAGAGCUGGGGAGCUUGGUUUUUGGCCAGAAGGGUUGUGAUGGAGAUGAGCUUGGGGGAUCAGGUAAGCCCACGGGAGGAUGGCCACCAGUUAGGAAGGUGAUAGGGGAAGACAGCCACCAUCUUGGGUGGUGCCAGAGGAUAUCUGUAUUGUCACCAAUCCUUCCUGAGCCUUGUGACUUCACAGUGUCACACCCUGGGGAUCCACCCUAGAACCCAGCAGAGUGGUGGAUGGGGACAAGGUUGGCAGAGGGUGAAGCCUGGGCUCGGUGGUGCUUUGGAGCUUCCUACUGGCAAUGUGUGCUCUCCUUAACGCCUCCUCUCACCUGGUUUGAGCACAUCAGCAUGCUGGUCAUCCUUCUGAACUGUGUCACCCUGGGCAUGUUCCAGCCCUGCGAGGACGUGGAGUGCCAGUCGGAGCGCUGCACCAUCCUGGAGGCAUUUGACGACUUCAUUUUCGCUUUCUUUGCGGUGGAGAUGGUCAUCAAGAUGGUGGCUCUGGGGAUCUUCGGGCAGAAGUGUUACCUUGGAGACACGUGGAAUCGCCUGGACUUCUUCAUUGUGAUGGCAGGCAUGAUGGAGUACUCUCUGGACGGACACAACGUCAGCCUGUCUGCAAUCCGCACCGUGCGCGUGCUGCGGCCGCUGCGAGCCAUUAACAGGGUCCCAAGUAUGCGAAUACUCGUCACCCUGCUGUUAGAUACUCUGCCUAUGUUAGGCAAUGUCCUCCUCUUGUGCUUCUUUGUCUUCUUCAUCUUUGGGAUCGUGGGUGUGCAGCUCUGGGCAGGGCUGCUAAGAAACAGAUGUUUCCUGGACAGGAAUUUGGCAACGACAUAUAACCUGACCUUCCUGCAUCCGUACUACCGCACAGAUGAAGCAGAGGAGAAUCCAUUCAUCUGCUCAUCCCAUCGUGAGAACGGCAUGCAGAAAUGCUCCAACAUCCCAACCAGGAAGGAGUACAAGGUGGAGUGCACCUUGAGCAUGGACUCCUACACCCCAAGUUUAUACAACCCUGACUUCAGCAGCAAGAAUGCCUGCAUAAACUGGAACCAAUAUUACAACGUAUGCAUGGCAGGGGAUGUAAACCCACACAAUGGAGCUAUCAAUUUUGAUAAUAUUGGCUAUGCCUGGAUAGCUAUAUUUCAGGUUAUAACCCUGGAAGGAUGGGUUGACAUCAUGUAUUAUGUGAUGGAUGCACAUUCUUUUUACAAUUUUAUAUAUUUUAUAUUGCUUAUAAUAGUUGGUUCCUUCUUCAUGAUUAACUUGUGCCUGGUUGUGAUAGCAACACAGUUUUCUGAAACAAAGCAGCGGGAGAACCAGCUGAUGCAGGAGCAGCGGGCCCGUUAUCUCUCCAAUGACAGCACAAUUGCCAGCUUCUCAGAGCCAGGUAGCUGCUACGAGGAGCUGCUGAAGUACAUCUGCCACAUCUUCAGGAAGGUGAAACGGCGGACAAUACGCCUGUACAAUAACUGGCAGAGCAAGCGCAGGAAAAAAGUUAACCCAAACAACACCACAAACGGGCAGAGCCGCCGAAGCAAAAGGCGCAUCACCUCCAUUCACCACCUCAUCCACCACCACCAUCACCACCAUCACCACCACUACCACAUCAGCAAUGGGAGCCCACGGGGGCCACGCUCCAACCCGGAGAUCUGCGACCUGGAACUCAAGGUGAUGAAGCCUGGUGGGCAGCUGAUGCUCCCUUCUCCAUCACCCAACUUGCAGAGUCCCGCUCCUCCUCCAGACUCGGAGUCUGUGCAUAGCAUUUACCACGCAGACUGUCACGUUGAAGGACCACAAGUGAACUGUAAGUCUUCCAAUGCCCCUGCAAGCAUUAAGCUCACUACUGGACUCUCCAACCAUGGCAACAUGAAUUAUCCUACCAUCCUGCCUUCACCAACGAGCAAAGCCAGUUCUGUCCCAGUUCCCAAAGGAAAGAAGAAUGGCAAUUCACCUGUGGCUGUAGUUAAUAGCCCUGUCACUUUGGGCACGGAUUCUUAUGGGAAGCUGCAGCAACUGGUAGGAGAGCAUGGUCUGCGGAGGACUCCCAGCCGGCUGUCGGGGCUGAGUGUGGCCUGCCCACUGCCCAGCCCGCCGGGCGGCACGCUGAGCUGCGAGCUGCAGGACUGCCCUUUCUGCGCCAGCCUCCUGGAGGACCCCGAGUUUGCCUUCAGUGAGUCCGACAGCUGCGACUCCGACAGCAACGGCAUCUAUGAGUUCACCCAGGACCUGCGGCACGGCGACCACAGGGACCAGCUGCAGCAACAGCGGGGCAGGAGGAAGAGGAAGAAAAAGAAACCCAAGGAGAGGAACAAGGUCACCCGCCUGUGGAAGGCAUUCGGCAGCAAGCUGAAGAGGAUCGUGGAGAGCAAGUACUUCAACCGAGGGAUCAUGAUCGCGAUCCUCAUCAACACGCUGAGCAUGGGCAUCGAGUACCACGAGCAGCCAGACGAGCUGACCAACGCCUUGGAGAUCAGUAACAUCGUCUUCACAAGCAUGUUCGCCCUGGAGAUGCUCCUGAAACUCCUUGCCUUUGGCCUCUUCGGCUACAUCAAGAACCCGUACAAUAUCUUUGAUGGGAUCAUAGUUGUCAUCAGUGUCUGGGAGAUCAUCGGGCAGUCGGACGGCGGUCUUUCCGUGCUCCGAACUUUCCGGCUGCUCCGGGUGCUGAAGCUGGUGCGCUUCAUGCCCGCCCUCCGUCGCCAGCUGGUGGUCCUGAUGAAGACAAUGGACAACGUUGCCACCUUCUGCAUGUUGCUCAUGCUCUUCAUCUUUAUCUUCAGCAUUCUCGGCAUGCAUCUUUUUGGAUGCAAGUUCAGUCUGAAGACUGAUACAGGAGACACAGUUCCAGAUAGAAAGAAUUUUGAUUCCUUGCUCUGGGCCAUUGUGACAGUAUUUCAGAUCCUCACUCAAGAGGACUGGAAUGUGGUUCUGUACAAUGGAAUGGCAUCAACAUCUUCAUGGGCAGCGCUCUACUUUGUGGCCUUGAUGACCUUUGGCAAUUAUGUGCUCUUCAACCUUCUGGUUGCCAUUCUGGUGGAAGGCUUCCAGGCAGAGGGGGAUGCCAAUAGGUCAGACACAGAUGAGGACAAGACAUCUGCCAACUUUGAUGAUGAUUUUGAGAAGCUGAAAGACCUCCGUGCAACAGAGAUGAAGAUGUACUCACUUGCCGUCACCCCGAAUGGGCACCUGGAGGGCAGGGGCAGCAUGCCACCCCCUAUAAUCAUGCGCACCGCUGCCACACCGAUGCCCACACCGAAGUGUUCCCCACACAUGGAUUCAGUGCACACUUUUGUGGACUCAAGGAGAGGGAGUAAUGCUUCUCUAGAUCCCCUGACCUACGAUCAGAAGUCCUCGUCCAGCCUCCGCAGUUCCCCUUGUGCCAACUGGGGUACCAACAGCAACUGGGGAAGCCGACGCUCAAGCUGGAACAGCCUGGGCAGAGCCCCAAGCCUCAAGAAGAAGAACCAAUCUGGUGAAAGAGAGUCUUUGCUCUCCGGAGAGGGGAAAGGCAGCACAGAUGAUGACUCCGAUGACGCCAAGUCCAGCACGGUCAGCAGGCCCUCACUGCACCGCCGGGCAGAGUCCUUGGAUUACCGCAGCUCCCUAGACCUGCCCGAGCUGCUGCAGCUGCCCCCCAUGCGCCAUUCGCUCAGUAUCAGCCCCAUGGCUGUUCUGCCUGCUGAGUACCAAGACUGCAAUGGCAAGAUGGUGCACGUCCCCAGUGAGUUCUUCCUGCACAUCGAUGGCCACAAGGAAGAGGCUGUGGACUAUGAGGAUGACAUGGAGGAUAGUUACUGCUACCGGAUUCGUAAAGUCCUGGAGCCCUACAAACCAGAGUGGUGCAAGAGUCACGAGGAUUGGUCCCUCUACUUGUUUUCCCCACAGAAUCGGUUCCGAGUGAUGUGCCAGAAGGUCAUUGCCCACAAAAUGUUUGAUCAUGUGGUGCUGGUCUUCAUAUUUCUCAACUGCAUUACAAUAGCACUGGAGCGACCAGACAUAGAUCCGCACAGCACUGAGAGGAUAUUCCUGAGUGUUUCUAAUUACAUCUUCACUGCAAUCUUUGUGGCUGAAAUGAUGGUUAAGGUAGUAGCUCUUGGCUUUUUCUCUGGGGAGAACACCUAUCUACAGAGCAGCUGGAACGUCCUGGAUGGAGUUUUGGUCUUCGUAUCUAUCAUAGACAUUAUUGUCUCCAUGGCAUCAGCAGGAGGAGCAAAGAUCCUGGGUGUCCUUCGUGUUUUGAGACUGCUGCGGACCUUGAGACCUCUCCGAGUCAUCAGCAGAGCCCCAGGUCUGAAGCUGGUGGUAGAAACCUUGAUCUCCUCCUUGAGGCCGAUUGGGAAUAUUGUUCUCAUCUGCUGUGCUUUCUUCAUUAUCUUUGGGAUUUUAGGGGUGCAGCUUUUUAAAGGCAAGUUCUACUACUGUGAUGGUCCUGAUGUGAAAAACAUCACUACGAAGACUGACUGCACUAAUGCACACUACAGAUGGGUUCGGCGGAAGUACAAUUUUGACAAUUUGGGACAGGCUCUCAUGUCCUUGUUUGUCCUUUCCUCCAAAGACGGCUGGGUGAACAUCAUGUAUGAUGGUCUGGAUGCUGUGGGUAUUGACCAACAGCCCAUCCAGAACCAUAACCCUUGGAUGCUUCUCUACUUCAUCUCCUUCCUGCUCAUCGUCAGCUUCUUCGUGCUCAACAUGUUCGUGGGGGUGGUGGUGGAGAACUUCCACAAGUGCCGGCAGCACCAGGAGGCAGAGGAGGCCCGGCGUCGGGAGGAGAAGCGUCUGAGACGCCUGGAGAAAAAGCGCAGGAAAGCCCAGCGCAGGCCUUACUACGCUGACUAUUCUCCAGCACGGAAAUACAUUCACACCCUCUGCACCAGCCACUAUCUCGACCUCUUCAUCACCUUCAUCAUUGGAGUCAACGUCAUCACUAUGUCGAUGGAGCACUACAACCAGCCAAAGUCACUGGAUGAAGCCCUGAAGUACUGUAACUACGUGUUCACCAUAGUUUUUGUGUUCGAGGCAGUCCUGAAGUUGGUGGCAUUUGGUUUUCGAAGGUUCUUUAAGGACAGGUGGAAUCAGCUGGAUUUGGCCAUAGUUCUCUUAUCAAUUGUGGGAAUCACGCUGGAGGAAAUUGAGAUGAACGCUGCACUGCCCAUCAAUCCCACAAUAAUACGCAUCAUGCGGGUGCUGAGAAUAGCAAGAGUGCUGAAACUGCUUAAAAUGGCCACAGGAAUGCGAGCUCUCCUGGACACAGUGGUACAAGCUCUUCCCCAGGUAGGGAACCUUGGCCUACUUUUUAUGCUCCUGUUUUUUAUCUAUGCUGCCCUGGGAGUGGAAUUGUUUGGCAAGCUAGACUGCAGUGAAGAGAAUCCUUGUGAAGGGCUGAGCCGGCACGCGACGUUCACCAACUUUGGGAUGGCCUUCCUCACCCUCUUCAGGGUGUCCACGGGGGACAACUGGAACGGUAUCAUGAAGGACACUCUCCGGGAAUGCACCCGGGAAGACAAGCACUGCCUCAGCUACCUGCCUGUUAUCUCUCCUGUCUACUUUGUCACCUUUGUCCUCAUCGCACAGUUCGUCCUGGUCAACGUGGUGGUGGCUGUGCUGAUGAAGCACUUGGAGGAGAGCAACAAGGAGGCCAAGGAGGAUGCUGAGAUGGAUGCUGAGAUCGAGCUGGAGAUGUCCCGAGGAGCGAGCACGUCAGCCACCAGUGGCAGCAGGGGAGGUGCAGCGGCCCUGGAGAGCAGAGCACCCUGCAGAGGCCAGGAGGCCAGGAAGGCAGAGCCAGCAGUGCAGGCGAAGCACCAAGCCCUGGGAGGCAUGGCCAGCCCACAGCCUCAGGACUCCCAGAACCUGCUGACGGUCCGCAAGAUCUCCGUUUCCCGCAUGCACUCCUUGCCCAACGACAGCUACAUGUUCCGGCCUGUGAUGCCAGCCAAAGCUCCCUUUCCCCUCCACGAGGUGGAGAUGGAGACGUAUCCCUGCAAGUCACAGCGAGGGUCCAUCACCUCCAUCCGCUCGCAGCCCGUGGGGACGUGCUCCUCCUUGAGGGUCCCCCCCGAGUCCCUCCAUGUGGCUGUGCGCUCCCCUGGCCGUGAGGGCUGGCACCGCUGGAAGGUCCUUCCCCCGCACGUCGUCCCUCGGUCUCCUACUCUCAGCAAGCUGCUGUGCCGGCAGGAGGCCGUUCGGACAGACUCGGUGGACGGACACCCUCCAGACCCCAAGGACAACGUGCAAGCAGAGCAUGGAGAGAUGCCACCAUCACCAAAGCACCCUCAGCACACCCUCACCCCCAGCCCUCUCCACCCUGCAGCCUCCUCCCUGCCGUGCUCCCCUCCACGCUCCCCACCAACCUCCCCACACCGGCACCCAUCGCUGACUCGGAAACACUCCUGCAGCCAGCACGGGGUCCCCAGUCCCACCGAGAGUCCCCCAAGCCCCCAGGGCUGCCUCCUGGAGCCCUCUGACCUGGCUGACGAGGAGGUUCGCCACAUCAACAGCUCAGCCAAAGACUGGGGGGAGCACUCGGAGGCUGGGAGCUGCUCCACGUCACCGUUCGUCUCGCCGGCCGCAUCGCCUGUGCCCUUGAAGAAUUGCAGCACAAGCAGCCUGGCAGCAGGCAGCAGCAAGGAGAGGGACUUGAAGAAGUUUUACAGCAUCGAUACGAAGGGCUUCCUCACCAAGCCCAGCUGGGCGGAUGACCAAAGGCGGCACUCCAUCGAGAUCUGCCCCUCCGUCCGCGAUGGGGACUGCGGCUUCGAGGAGCGCGCUGAGGAAAAGCCGCGCUCCCCCGCCCACAUCCAACCAGAGUCUGAGUACAUCCAUGGAGUCCGGAGGAAGAAGAAGAUGAGCCCGCCCUGCAUUUCUAUAGAUCCUCCUAUGGAGGAUGACGGCGGGGCGGCCUCGCGCACCAAACCCUCCGAGAACAGCAUGCUGCGCCGCAGGACCCCGUCCUGCGAGUUCCCGGCGUACCGAGAGCCCCUGGAGCCGGCGGAGGCGCAGCCGGGGGAGCCGGGCUGCAAAGCAGAGCGCCGUGCCCAGCACCUCGCCAUCCCCGGCUUCUCCUUCGAGCAGUCGGAUGGCGGCGGCUCCCUGAGCAGCCUCUCGGAUCUGCUGGACAGUGGGCGAUCCACGCCGGACUGUGAACUGAGAAAGCCGGAGCCCUUAAAAACUCAACGGAGCAACGCCGAAAAAAGCAAAGAGCUGCUCAGCGUGGCCAAGAGCCCCGUCCGGAUGCAGGACUUGGUGACUGUUGCGACAGAAGAAGACAUCGACGAGCCCGUAUAGCUGUCUGGGAUGGGGGUGUGGGGGGUCUCAAGGGCUUGACACCGACGUGGGGUUGGACACAGAAGGGAAUGCGCGGCCACGUGGCCACGCUCUGGUUUUUCCCUUUCUUGCAGUCCCUUCUUCUUAAGCGCUGUGGAGGUUUGCAAAAAAAAAAGAAAACAUUAA